AUGGCUAACAAAGUCGUCGUAUCUUUUGGAGUAGUCAUGGCGGUUUUCAUCGCACUCGCUCUCGUUCUCUGGGGCUUGUCUGCUGUCAAGCACGCUCGCCACGAUACUGCUUCCCAUAACCAACAACACCGUGCCAAGCUAGAUGAUUGGAUUGCUCGCAUGCGCAGAAGAACUUGGAGAAACACUCACAUGAAUCGUGAUGUAGAGAUGCAAGUUCCCCCUGAGCUUCCUUGUCUUCCUGGGAAUGUGAUCAUCCGCUCUGGCGCUGCUAGGGUGCCCAGAAUGGGUAGACUCUAUCCUGCCAAUGCAAAUCAGAGAGUGCAGUUUUGUGAUGUUACGCUGACGCCUGUGCAGGGUCAGCGUGGUGUCAAUCCUGCUGGCUUCUUUUGA